AUGCCCUCAAUCCGUGUUUCCUGCUCGCUCCUUCUCCUCGCAGCUGCCGCUCUCGCCGUGCCCGCAGACAGGCUUGAGAAGCGUGCCCCUCCGACGGUCACCCUCGACCAGGGCACCUUCGUGGGUGAAGCGGACGGCGACGUGAACAACUUCCUCGGCAUUCCAUUCGGCAAGCCUCCGUACGUCUCUGUCUCCUCACACCUCGCCGUUUGGCUCAUUCGCCUUUCCUCGCAGAACCGAAAACUUGCGUUUCAAUCUCCCGUCGCUGUCGACGCGUACACCGGUACCUAUAACGUGUCCGCGUACGGGCCGUCGUGCCCCCAGCAGGCCCAGAACCUCGCCGAGCUCCCCUCGGAUGUCGUAGACUACGCGAACACCACCAUGUUCGCCAGUGUCGAGACCUCCGACGAAGAUUGUCUCUCGUUGAACGUGAUCGUUCCUAAUGGAGCCCAGAUUGGAGACGACCUGCCUGUCGCCGUGGUCGGCGGUUCGAGCAUGUACGGCGAAAGGGGUGUUGUGGUGAAGCGGUCGAUUGCUAUGAACGAGCCGACAAUCUUCGUGAGCAUGAACUAUCGUAAGGAAGUCAAGGAAGCUGGCGUCGGCAACCUCGGCCUCCAAGACCAGCGUCUCGCUCUCCACUGGGUGCAGAAAUACAUUUCUCAGUUCGGAGGGGACCCGAGCAAGGUCACCAUCUGGGGCGAGAGUGCGGGUGCGAUUUCCGUUGCGAUGCACAUGAUCACCAACGGCGGUGACACCGAGGGUCUCUUCCGCGGGGCGUUCAUGCAGAGCGGCUCGCCCAUUCCGGUCGGCGACAUCGAGCACGGCCAGGGCGACUAUGACGCGAUAGCCGUCGACGCAUCGCCCUCCAUUUUCUCGUACCAGUCCCUCAGGCUCGCGUGGCUCCCCCGUCAACUCGUCCUUGACGGCAGCGUUGCUGACGUGCCUUUCGUAUCCGGGUUCGCGCAGUACAUCAAGGAGAUCUACGUCCCCGACAUCACCGACGCCGAGCUCGACACACUCCUCUCCGCCUACCCAGCGACGUCACCCAGGGCUCCCGUUCGACACCGGCGACCGCAACGCGAUCACGCCCCAGUUCAAGCGCAUCGCGCCUUCCAGGGCGACCUCGUGUUCAACGCCGCCCGCCGGUUCUUCAUCCAGCAGCGCGCCGACGACCAGCCUGUGUACUCCUUCCUGAGCAAGCGCUUCAAGUGGGUCCCCACCCUCGGCUCGGUACACGCCUCGGACCUGUUGAACGUAUUCGGACCGGCGGAGCUCACGGACUACCUCGUCAACUUCGCGAACAACCUGGACCCGAACGGGGCCACUGUUCCGGUGUGGCCGCAGUACAGCGUCGCUGAGCCGCAGCUGAUGACGUUCGUGGACGGGCUCCGGAACCGGACGGAGAUCACGACGGACGACUUCCGCAACGAGUCGAUGGCGUACGUCGUCGAGCUUGCUCUCAAGUACCCCCUUUGA